CCCGCAAAGUUAUCCAAGGCCUUCAAAACCCUAACUAUAAAUAAACAUAGAAACAACAUGCUUGAGCGCAGCUUCUUUAUUUUCUGAACAUCGAAACUCUAGGAGAGCUACAGAUCAUCAGAUUCCAUGGCUCCCAAGAAGGAAAAGGCCCCCCCGCCGUCGUCUAAACCGGCCAAGUCUGGUGGUGGAAAGCAGAAAAAGAAGAAGUGGAGCAAGGGAAAGCAAAAGGAGAAGGUGAACAACAUGGUGCUUUUUGAUAAGGCAACAUAUGAUAAGCUUCUUUCUGAAGCUCCAAAGUUCAAGCUCAUCACUCCUUCCAUCUUAUCAGACAGAUUAAGGAUCAAUGGAUCAUUGGCAAGAAAGGCAAUCAAGGAUUUGAUGGCAAGAGGUGCAAUUAGGAUGGUAUCUGCACAUGCUAGUCAGCAAAUCUACACCAGGGCCACUAAUACUUGAGAGAUGAAAGGACUAUUAGUUUUUCUGAGACAAUGUCAAGUCAAGGCAUGUUUUUUGUCAUUUUUCUGCCUCUAGUUUCUUGUUUAUUGUAAGAUUAAGUACCUUUUAUGCCAUGCUUUUUUCAUUUUAAAAUGUGCAAAUGCCAUAUUGUGAGAUUCAAAUGUGCAUUUAUGCUGACCACAAUUGAGAGAAGCUUAUAUUGAACAA